CGUACCGCGCGCGCGCGUGCGCACUCUCCGGCUUGUUAGGUUGCCGUGGUAACGCCAGGGAUGACGGAGCUGCACGAGGCGGCGGCGGCCGGUGACACGGAGCUGGUGGAGGAGAUUCUCCGCGGCGGCUCGUGCAACCCCAACGCCAAGGACCUGCACUGGAGCCAGCGGACAGCGCUGCACUGGGCGGCGGCACAAGUGAUGCAGCUCGCAAGAACACUGUCCCAGCAUGGUUCAGGUGCCCACAGUCCCAACGGAAAAGCAGACAUGGUUAAACUCCUUAUUGUAAAUGGAUCUCGACCUUGCUUGAGAACUGAGACUGGGUGGACUCCAGCACAUUUUGCUGCAGAAUAUGGAAAAUUAUCCGUUCUUCGAAUGCUGCAUUCACUACAUGCUCCUGUUGACAAAGCAGACCUCUAUGGGGACACCCCCAAAAGAAUUGCAGAAAUAUAUGGGCAGAAAGACUGUGUUAAAUUUCUUGAAAUAGCUGAGCAGGAGUGUUCCAAUUACAGGAGGGUCGCUGAAAUGAAAGGCAUUUUAUUAGAUGACACCGAUGAAGAGUGGGAAAAACAGAAGGAGGAAGAAAUGGCUGAAAGGAGGGCAGCUGCCAAGAACGAGUGUAGCAACGCAUGUGGCGUUCACCAAAGCCACAAAAAUUAUCCCUGCACAGAGAGACCGAAGACAGCGACUCAAAAGGGAAAGUUAUCAAAUAUUAAGAGGGCUUGUAAAAAAAAGGUAAGAUAAAAUCCAGCUCCAAGUCAAAUACAACCAGAAUCCAGUUCAGCAUCUAACCACACGACCUGAAGUAGUUUAACCUGGUGGAUUCUUCUGGUGAGAAUCAAGCAUAACCAACAAACACAAAUUCAUCAAAGUAUUUUUGUGCACUGACAGAACCCCAUAUUGUUAUGCAGUAUCAAUACCAUAACUAUCUAUUGCUGUCGUAUAUCAGUCAGCUUUUAAUCACAGAAUUGUUAUGGCGCAGAAGGAGCCCAUUCGGGUCAUCAUGUCUGCAUCAGCUUUCUAAAUGAGCAUUAUGACUUAAUACCAUUCUCCUGCCUUUUCUCUGUACC